UUCUCCAGCCAUAGGAUUGUGUCGCAGCGUGUCUCUGCUGAGGAGCUGACUGACCGAGCAUCUGUUGGAAUACAAGUUCACUGAAAAAGUGGUUCCAUCUUCGCACCCUGUCGCCCAGCAGCCAUCACACGGAGCAACUAAACGCGUAAAUGGAGUUUCAAUCGUUGUCGUGACUGUUCUCCACCGCCUCUCACCCCGCAGAAGACUGCGUUGAAGUUGCAGCAUCCAUAGUACCGCGGCUCUCUCCUCUGCAGACAUGGGUACCGUCCUCUCUAUAUCACCGGCGUCGAAGAAGGCAUCGAUCAUGGAUACAGAGGGCGCAGGAGAUGGGAUCAAAAACGACAAGAGCCUCAAGCGGCACUCCAUGUUCGUCUCUCUUUCCUGGAAGAAGCUAGUGUCCACUUCGGCCAAGAAGAGUGCCAAGAAAGUGACCCCGAACCCGAUGCCCGCCCGCGAGCUCCCGUCCAGCCAGGUGGCGCAGCUCAACAGCGAAAACAUCAGGAAGACGCACCAAACCGAAGAGAAGAAACCCAAAGCGCCGAUCCCGGUCCCGGUGCCAACUGUCCCCACUCAGAACAACGAAAAUGUGAGGCUUUCCACGGUCCAGAAGCAGCCGAGCAGUCUGUCUCUGGUGUCCCCGAGGCGGAUAGUUAUCCAAGCAUCCACCGGAGAGCUGCUGCGCUGUUUGGGGGACUUCAUGUGCCGCAGGUGUUAUAAACUGAAAGAGCUCAACAGCGGAGAGGUGAUCCUCUGGUUCCGCAACAUCGAUCGGACUCUUUUGCUCCAAGGCUGGCAGGAUCAAGGCUUCAUCACGCCGGCCAACGUGGUGUUCGUGUACUUGCUGUGCGAGGACACGAUAGAGGACAGCAUCGGCAGCCCGUCAGAGCUGCAAGGCACAUUUCAGACUUGCCUCUACCUCGCCUACUCCUACAUGGGCAACGAGAUCUCCUACCCACUCAAACCGUUCAUGAUCGAGGCGAACAAGGACGUUUUCUGGGAGACGUCGCUCCGGAUCAUCAACAGGCUGAGUGCCAAAAUGCUGCAGCUCAAUGCAGACCCGCACUUUUUCACCGAGGUCUUCCAGGACCUCAAAAACCAACGAGAUACUGGAGAGGCAAACCUGGACCGCUGAUAAACACACAAGACUCUUUUUUUUAAAAAAAGAUGAAUGUUUUUGCAGAAUCACACAAUGGGUGGUUUUGAAUGUAAAGGGCCAACACCGAAGGCUUCUGGGGCUGAAUAUCUCUCUCUAAUGGUGUUUAGGCUACAGUAGGAGAUUUCAUAAAUGCAUGCCAAUAUUGUCCUCUUUUGUUCUUGUCCACCCUCGAGCGACGCACAAGUUGACUCCGUGAUACAAAUCACACACUAAGUGACAUUCAAAUCCCCGUUUCAUUCAUGAUUAGCCUACUUUCCGGGGAAGUGUCGCAGUAAGGUGCAGCAGGUUCCACGCAGGGACCAGAAUAGAUCUGAGACAUGGAGAGGCGGAGCUGUCCUAGGUGCUGACCUGUGCAGCCGUUUCUCCUCCCUGCUCCCCUGCUAUUUCCAGUCACCUCGCCACAACAGAGCCGUGCGUAGCUCAAAGAGGACCAGAGUCUGCCCAGUACACUUUCAGAAAAUAAGCUUAAGCCUUGUAAGUAGAGGUGUAUUGUGUUUUUUUAGAUUCUCUACCAGCUCACAGGUAAGCUGUUAGACAUGCAACAGAUAUAGGAGGCAUGCUCCUUUAAGAGGACAAAACACAUCACUAAACUUUAGAUAUUGCUCUAUGGGUAACAGAGAUUAAAAGCUAGUGUCCAUACUGCAGAAAAAGCAUCAUGCUGAUCUUCAUGUCUGUUGGCAAUAUAUCUGUUUUCAGCUUCAAAACCACCAAUUUCCUCAUAUAAUCCACCCCUAUGACUAAAGCCGUUUUGUAAUGUACCUGUAAUUGAGCAGUAAGGUUGCAACAUUGUGAGAUUCUCAUGGUGUGAUAACCGCCUUUUCACGGUAUCAAGGUACUACAGAAUUAUCGUUUUUAGAGAGAGAGGCUGCACUUCAACAAUGGAAUUCUCAGUGGAGUGCUAAACCCAAAAUCUAGUGAUCUUAUUCCCAAAAAUUAAAAAGGUAGCACAUCUCCAGUCUUCUAUUCAGGAAGAACAAAAUACUCACAUUUCACUCAUUUAUUUGACACAUCACUAUAAACAAAAGCUAUUCAAACACUUGAAAGCACAAAGCCUUCAUCAGAGCGUUGAUGGUACUGUGCAUGUUUAGUUUGAUUACAGAAUUGUUAUUGCUAUUAGUUACAAUGACCCAUUAAGGAAUGAAAACAGAAGGUUCUAUUUAUUUAAACAACUGUUUUAAUACUGUAAUUUAAACUAAAAACCCUGUUCAAACUAAAUAACUAAAAUAAAGGUCAGAUUGUCUAUCCAGUUUUUGCAAUACUGUAGAUAAGCAAAUGUACAUGGUAUGGUAAUUGUCAAUUUAAAUAUCACCUUGAAUAUGAGAAUACCGCUGCAAACCAAGUGAGCAGUUGGUUCAGGUUGAAUAUGAGGGUACAUUGUAACAAAUUUUCCAGUAUUCCAGUAUUUGUCAGCAUCCUCCCAUUAUUUUACAGUGUCACUACCAUUUUUACUUUAGCGAUAUAUUACCGUUAAUUUUAUUACAGUGCUCUACAGUAGAAUGUGAAAUUUGAAGUGCAAUACUGUAAUAAUACUGCAUAAUGCCGUAAAAUCAUACGGCAGCCAACUUUUAAUGUUAAUCGUUGUUUUGGCUCCAAAAGGCAUCAAGAUUCAUGGUCUUUUACAGUAUUUUGUCAAAACAGCACAUUGCUGCAAGAAUGUUGUCAUAUUUUUCAGGAAUUUGUUGCAGUGUAGACAAGUAUUAAUGUACGGAGGAGAGAGUAUCUUCCCCCUGGAAUGUGAGGAAUCACACCAGAUGGGUCCGUAGAUGGCCAUACAGCAAGAUUAUCAAUCCAAGGCCCUUGUUGUGUAUUGCUUUCCAAUACAUUGCAGAGGCCAACGUAACUAGAGACUGAAAGGAAUGUACAGUUUUUCAAGAGAUUUUAAAGAGAUCUCAUAUGUGCCAACUAUUAUAUACUCUUGGCCUGAAACUAUGUGGUUUACAUGUACAUAUUCCACAUUUUAGAUUUGCUCUAUUUUAUUUUUAUCUGCCUGUUUUUUGAAUGUGGCUGUAUAUGAUGUAGUUCGAGCACAACGAAAACAAGUAGAGCAUAGCGCAAUGGUCAAGUGGUAUUCUUGCCCAGCUCUGUAAAUGUGGGCCUGGGUUCAAUUCACUUUCUGUGUAUUCAGGAAGGAUGUUUUUUUCAUAAUGUAAAUAUUGAAUGUCAUUUGCACAGUUCAUUGCCGUUUCUAUAAGCUAAAAGAGACUCCAACUCUGAAAACCAAGCUAAUCGGGCAACCUUGACAGUUAUUAUUCAGUGUUAUGCUUCUCAGUAACCAUUGUGAUGUGAUGUGAACCCAUUGCUUGGGAAGUGGAAUAUGAUGCUGCUAUUUUGCACAGCUGUGAUCAAAUCUUUGAUGUUUUGCACAGUGGUAAAACAUAAUGGUCAUGUACCAGUGUUUCCUGUCAGGCACUGGAGUGUUUGCCAUUAAGUUUGCAGUUAUAUGUCACCAAGUCUAUACAAAAUCAUCUGUGAAUUAUAUCUUUGGUACAGUUCGUUUUUAUCCUAUACGUCUGCUAUGGAAAAUUAUAUAUUUAGAUGUGUGUGUUGUCUGUGGUUGCACCACAGUUGCAUUCACUAUCUCUAUAUGUUGAUAACAGUUCAAUACAGUAAUUGUUUGAUAUGGUGACCAUGAUGAAAUAAAUCCA